GCCUUUAGGUUACACCAGCUUCAUAGAGGGCUGUCUAAAGACAGUUUGUUAGAAGUUAAGGCCUCCGAUCCUGGCGGUUGUAGGCAACGGUUUUUCCAACCUCGUGCUCUCCAUACCGGAAGAAACCCCAAACUUGGGUUCCCAAUUUAACAUGGCCGAAGUUUUAGGGACGCCUGCUGGGAAGCAAUAACGUGAGGCUUAUUGCUUCCGCGGAGCUCUUGGUAGAAGGAAGCAAUAUUUCCCCCCUUUUAUUGUAGUAAAUGUUGGUACAGUACAUUGUAUGAUUUCAAUGUGGUAAUGUUUCUAUAGUAAAAUUACUGAAGUUGUACUUUAAAAGUUUAAAAUAUUGAAAAUAGAAAAGUAAAAAUUCUAUAUGUGUUAAUUGCCAUUUAGAAUCUCAGUGUUUUAAGCACCCAAAGUUGAACACUUAUCAUUAAAAAAGCCCACUGCAGUUUAUAUCAGUUGUAUAAUAGUAUCAGUCUUGAACUAAUUUCUUAAUAGUAAGACUUCCAUUGUAAUGUUAUUUAACGUGUGUGUGUGUCUAAAGGAAGCGAAAUUUAGCAUGUAAUGUAGCAGGACUUUUCCUGUAUUCCUCUUUUAUUAGGUUUGCAUAAUCUCCAAAGUGGAAAUACUCAAGGCAGCUUACAUUAAAACUCAAUAAAAGUAAUCAAUCAAAGAAAUAUAAACCUAUUGAUUUGCCAUCACUACCACCAUUACAAAUAGAGUAGUGUAGCCUGAGGUGGCGCAGCAGUUAGAGUGCAGUACUGCAGGCCACUUUAGCUGACUGUGUUCAGCAGGUCAGCGGUUCAAAUCUCACCGGCUCAAGGUUGACUCAGCCUCCCAUCCUUCCGGGAACUGGGCAGUUGCUCCCGAUUUUACUCAUCAUGCACACAAUGCUUCACUGUCAGCAGUAGCUGUGAAUGAAAGAUAUGUAGUCACUGGGAGCAAGGAUGAAACCAUACAAAUCUAUGACAUGAAAAAGAAGGUAGAACAUGGCGCAUUGGUACAUCACAAUGGCACUGUAACCUGCUUGGAAUUCUAUGGGAGUGCUCAUCUAUUGAGUGGAGCUGAAGAUGGUCUCAUAUGUAUUUGGAAUACAAAAAAAUGGGAAUGCUUGAAGUCAAUUCAAGCCCACAAGGGCCAUGUGACAUCUCUUUCUAUUCAUCCUUCUGGAAAGUUGGCUUUAUCAGUAGGAACAGACAAAACAUUAAGAACAUGGAACCUUGUAGAAGGAAGAUCUGCAUUCAUAAAAAACAUAAAGCAAAAUGCACAUCUUGUUAAAUGGUCGCCUAGUGGUGAAAUAUACGUGGUAGCUAUAGCUAACAAAGUUGAUAUAUACAAUCUGGAAACGGCUUCUAUCUCUGGUACUAUUGCUACAGAAAAGAGGAUAUCUUCAAUAAAGUUUAUCACUGAUUCCAUACUUGCUAUUACAGGAGAUGAAGAAUUCGUACGUUUAUUUGAUUGUGAAUCUCAAAAAUGCCUUUGUGAAUUUAAGGCUCAUGAAAACAGAAUCAAAGCACUAUACAAUUUCAAAAUGGAAGGCUUACACAUUCUAGUAACAGCAUCAAGUGAUGGCUACAUUAAGGCAUGGAAUCUGGAUAUUGAUAAGAUUGAGAAUGCCCCAUCAUUGCUAUGUGAGGUCAAUACUAAGGCCAGGCUUACCUGCUUAGCAGUAUGGCUCAAAAGAGAUUUUGAAACAGAGCAGAUCCCCGUUGAAGCCACAACGUCUUCAUCUCAGGUACAUGAAGCCGAGCAGCCAUCACUUAAGAAAAAGAAAAUUUGUUGGACCGAUAGUAAUAAACCCUCAGAGGGAGAUGUCCAAAAACCCGUUCUAAAAAGAAAAUCAGGAAACAUGCAACAAAAGAAGAAGUUACAGAGAUUAAAAUAAAUAUGUAGUUGUAAUCAUAUCCCAUACUAAAUAUAUAACAAGGAACCAAUGUGUUUUUCACUUUAAGACAUUUUUCAUUUUUAGUACAUUCUUAAGAAUAUUUUAUAUAUUAAUGUUUCUAGGAAAUAGCUAUUAUAUUUCUGCCAUAACAAUACCCAGAUCUUUUGACUUCUGUUUUUAAGUGUGAAAAUAUAAGUCUCAAAUAUUCUACAAUGUAUGUGAAAUUUCCUAUUCUAAUAUUAUUUAAAUUAAUUUCCAAGUUGCUAAUAUAUUUUGAUAUUUUCAGGUUUUCUUAAGUUUUUUCAUGGAGGCAUUAUUCAUAUAAGGAUUUUAAUUACCAGAGUAAAAAUGAAUACAAAGUAGACUUAAAGAAAAAAGAGUAAGAAAGAAUAAAAAAUGCAAGACAAAUAAGAGAAAAAAGAGCAUAAUAAUAAAGAAUAUAAAGAAAUGACUUCCAAUUUUCAUCUCAUUUUAACCUUGAUUAAAUAAAUCAAUUUUAUAUUCCUUUUAUUUCUAACAGCUUUAAUUUAAUUUAUUCAAAUAUUGCCAUAGUAUUUGAUAUCUUUACAACUUUUCUUUAUCCCUUUGCACAGACUUUUUCAAGUGCUUAACAAGUGUGUUAUGUAGAUCUACUAAGGAAACAUUUUCCAGGUCAUUCUCCUGGUUUCUCAUUUGUAUUUCCCUUUUAAUUUUUAAAAUUUCACCAGUUUAUCCAAUACAGUAUUCUUUUCCAACUCAUUCUCUUCAUCUUUUAUUUGUAGUUCCACCUUUGGUACUUUCUGUAUUGUCAGACAAAAUUUGCUCUAUCUGUCAUUCUCUCACUGACAUAUUUUGACAUACAUUUAUUCAUAGAAUCAUAUAUUAUUACUGACACUGAUUAUAUUGCAGCUACUAAUUUCUGACUAUUCUUCAAAGAUCCUUAAUCUUUCCAAUAUUAUGACAUUCUGUGUCACUUUAUGUCUCAGUUAACUGACAAUAAAAACUGACUUGUGCUCUUUUCCUUCCAACUAGGAUCUUUAGGUCCCUCUAAUGUACAGUGUGCAAAAUAGUAGUCACUUGUCUUUGUUAGGAACCAAAUCAGCCAAACUCCAGUUUCCAUGAGAAGCUAUUUAUUUUUUUAUAGUUAAUUCCAAAAUAAAAGUCAAUAUUACCAAA